UUUAUGGCUGUCCUGUCUGUCUCUGAGGACGCUACGUACGAGUACCUAGGUACGACUCUUUCUUUACGUUUUUCUGGAAAAUCGUGAUUUCGCGCUAACAAAUUGCCAAUUAGUUCAAUCUUGCCAAAUUUUUUCGUUGAAACUUCUCACUGAGUUGGUUUUUAGUACCACUAAAUCAUGUUGGGAUCGGGGGACAGUAGCCACAUCGUGAAACUGCGCGGUUUGCCUUUCUCCACGACUGUUGAAGAUGUCCUAGAUUUUUUGACUGGAGUCAACGUUGUGAACGGAAAAGAAGGUGUGCACCUGACUGAGGUACGCCCUGGGCGGCCCUCUGGCGAAUGCUUUGUGGAGGUGGAGAGUCAGGAUGAUGUGGAAGCGGCCCUCAAGAAGGAUAAGGAAAACAUGGGCAAGAGAUACAUUGAAGUAUUCUCGACUGACCGCCAAGACAUGGAGUGGGCUUUGAACGCAAUGCGCCAAAGCGAGAACGGGUUUGACGGCAUCCCCAAUGUCACCGACGACAUGGGCAUUGUCAAGCUCCGUGGUCUCCCGUUCGGGUGUUCCAAAGAGGAGAUCAUCCAGUUCUUUGAUGGGUUGACGGUUGCUCCGGAUGGGGUGCACUUACUGUCGGACUUCAGUGGGCGGGCUUCGGGAGAGGCGUUCGUUCACUUCGUUGACAAGGAGAGCGCACAGGAAGCGCUCAACAGAGACAGAGAGAAAAUAGGACACAGGUACAUAGAGGUGUUUAUAAGCUCAGCCGACGAGGUGCGAGCGUACGGCGACCGGAUGGAGAGCGGGUUCAGGUCCAGCCGCGGCUACCGGCCCACGCCCUACGACCGCGGCGACCGCUUCUCCGGCGGCAGGUUCGGCGCCAGGGGCAGGGGCGGCGGCAGCUACGGCGGCGGGCGCGGCGGGUUCCGCAGCCGAGGCGGAGGCGGCGGCUGCCACUGCGUGCACAUGAGAGGGCUGCCUUUCAAGGCCUCGCCUCAGGAUAUUGCUUAUUUCUUCAAACCCAUCCGGCCAAUGAACAUCAACAUUUUAUACGAUAACAGCGGACGACCGUCAGGCGAGGCGGAUGUCGAGUUUGAGUGCCAUGAAGACGCCAUGAGGGCGAUGAGACGCGACAAAAACAAUAUGGACCACCGCUAUAUCGAGCUGUUCCUCAACUCGUCGCCCGGCGGCGGAGGCUUCAAGUCCAACAGGAACUUCAGGAAUUACUAGCUUUAGCGAAGCGGUAAUGCUCAGCAAAGACUAUAAUUCAUUACAACUUCGAAGACGCGGCCUCGUACGAAGCUGCUUUUUGUUUGUUUGUUUUUUAUUUCUGUGUAUUUCAUUUUGUCAUAUUCAGUCAUAUUUUAUGAUCCUCAUUCGGACAUUGAAGAAAAUGUUCAUAUUUACAUAAAAAAUGUAAAAUAUUAGACAGUCAACAUACAAAGCUCAUUGCGUAUUUGCAGCCAUUGCCGUCGUUGUUGGCUGUACGGUUGAUUUCUUCACAUAUAUUUAUUACUUUAGAUCAGUUCUUAUGAUGUAAGGUCGGCAGCAAAAGUUCAGUCAUAUUUCUCAACCUUAUUCCUGGACUUUUAACCGUGAAAACCGAAAUGGUAUUUUAUUUAAAUUCAGUGUUUUAAAUUCCAAUCAAUAUCUAAAGCGAAAAAUAUCACAAUUUGUUGUAUGAUAGAUUUUUUUUAUUACCAAGAAAAUGCUCGAUUAGAUUUCUCUAUAAAUUAAAAAUACUUUUGGUAGUCACAUCGAAUUAAUUCACUUGAUUUUACAUAAAAUUAAUAAGUUAAACAUAAUGGAUAAAUUUAAAUGAAGAAGUUAUGCGCGUAAUUUGUAAUUUUAUAUCGAAAUUUUAACUUAUAAUACAAAUAUAUUUAUAUUUAUAAAUAUAAAUUGAUAUUGGAUGCGUGUAUUUGUAAUUUUUUUGAAAUUACCGAAAGUUAUUACGAAAUUUUGUUACGAUCUCUGAAGUUAUUCUGAUAUAAAAACAACGUGAAACCUCAAUAUAAUUCCUGUUGAACGCGCCCAAAUUUACUAUAAUUGUACUUAGCAUAAUAAUAGUUUAAUAUAGUUUAAAGUUACUAAUGUGGUCAAUUUAGUGUAGAAAAUUAUCAGAGCGAAAUCAUUAUAUAAUAAAUUUCAUAAAUUUCUGUCGAAAUUGUGAAAUUUUAGUUUGCUAGUUAUAUAUAGUUACAUCUACUCUUAUGUCGGCUAUACAUUAUCGCAAUACAGUUUGCUGAGUUAUGGCGUAUACGCCAUAUAUUUGCGGUUUUUCAUUGCGGUAAAUAAAAGUCACACAAAUUACGCAAUGCUCAUGCAUUCGCAUCGGCAGCCGUGAGUUCAGUGAUAGUGUGUAGCCGCCAUUACAGUCGCCGGCUGAUUCACAAGCUGAAUUCUUCCAAUUACUGAUUUCCCUAAAGCAGCCGAGAGAAAGUCCUGAGUUGGAUCUAAUAAUACAAUACAACAUUUUAUACUUAGUUUAUUUGUGCAAUUCUUUGUUCACUGUACAAAUACCGGCUCCAGACUUAUAGUAAAUACAAGUACUCAUACAAACUACAUAAUUUUCACGUAUUCGCGUCGGCGUUCGGCUGCUGUCCGAAUUCGGCGACAGUGUGGAGCCAACAUAAUGUUUGUUAUUCUCUACUCGCUGUUUCUACAUUGAAUCUCAGGUAGGGUAUGCUGAUCACCGCGCUAGAUGUCAGCACUAAGGCGUAAGGUCCAAUCCUGUGUCUUUUGAAAGGGUAUUCCAUUUAUAUAUUUUAUAGCUUCCAGAAGGAAUUUUUGGCGCGCUGCGCAGUUGUUUAGAACAAUGCUUUAUUUUAAUGAUUUAAGGCACUUUGUCUUCGUACACUUGCGCUACUUCACAUUUUUCUGUUGUUCGCUUUUCUAAAUUAUUACAUGAUAUAAAAUAAAGUCGCUUGCCGCUGUCUGUCUCUACACUGUACUCUGUAUUCUUUAGAGAUUCGGUAUCAGUGGAAUUAUCUAUUGAAAAGAUAUUAAAAAAAUCACUUUGUUCAAGUACUUCCUAAAGUCAAUCCUCGCCACAAAAGAAGUCCUUGGACGCGACGUUAUAGUCGCUGACAACAACGUGGCCGAGUUUUUAUUUAUAGUUCCACAUAUUGUCUCGGGACUUCUUCGGUGGCGCGUAUUCUGAGUUUUCUUUUUUGAAACGAAUGUUAACUAAGCGGGUCCAAAUUUAUUUUUAUAACAUUUUACAUUGCAGCCGUAAUAUAAAUUCAAAACAGCAAAAUAAAUGUUGCUAUAUCAAAUAAUACGGAGCAGACGGAGCCACUAUAGAUAUUUAAUUGAAUAUCUACACAAUAAUUUUUGUGCGAACUCUGUAAAGAUUAAGCUUCUUGCUACCGAAUACUCAAUGUCAGGCAAAACGUUAAUAUUGGCGCUAUCUCUGUCUAGAUGUAUCUAGCAAGAAAGUAAAAGCACGAUAUAAAAUUCAUGAGAAAUUUUUGGACAUUGAUAUACGGAGUAAAAUUGUGUCAAUGAAUGAAAUAGAAACUAUAUUUUUCACAAUUCGUGUUUGUGGAUGUGAAUUGUAGAAUAGGACACUUUUUACUUUAAUAAAUUGUAUUACAUAUGUAUUAGAA